AUGGAGCAACACACAUUCCGCCGCCGUGGCCUGGGUCUCCGAGGCAUCGACCAGGACCGAGUAUCACCCGGCUACGUCCUCUAUUCGCCGCUCACGUCCAACACAGCGCAUUUAGUGUCGACUUCUGGCAAGGAAAUGCAUCGAUGGACUUUGCCUCACCGGACCGGCCGCCAUGCACGAAUCCUCCCAGGCGGAGCUCUAGCCUAUAACGGCGUGCACCCUGAUGCCCCGAGACUCUUUCCCAUGUGGGCCAAGUACCGUGGCGGCGUCAUGAUGCAGGUAAAUGCACAGGGCGAGGUUCUGAGGCAGUAUUUUGAUCCACUUGCGCAUCAUGACCAGAACCAUCUCGACGACGGCACGAUCCUCUAUACGACGCUGGAGCCGCUCACAGCUACCGAGGCAGCCCGCGUGCAGGGCGGGAUCCCGGGUAGCGAGGCGCCGGGUGGCGUGGUGUACGGUGACUGCAUCAAGCUCGUAGCGCCCUGGUCUUCAUCCAAAACUUCCUCAUCAGCAGACUUCGACGGCAGCGGCGACGGUAACGGCGGCGCCAAACUAUUGUGGUCAUGGCGCGCCAUCGACUACCUUGAUCCAGCCAAGUUUGCCGCCCACGCAGAUUACCCGCGCGAGCACUGGCCGCUGAUCAACAGCGUCUCAUUCGACUCGGCGGGCAACAUCAUCGCGUCGUCACGCAACGCCUCAGCAGUCUUCAUCAUCAGUCGCCAGACGGGCGAGGUGCUCUGGCAGCUCUCGGCUCCGACGGUAAGCCAGCAGCACUGUGCACAUGAAAUCAAUUCCGCGGGUGAUAUCCUGAUCUUCGAUAACGGGGUCUUCCGUCCGGGCAUUUCGGUUCCGUUCUCGCGGGCGAUCGUCGUGUCGCGGGACAAGCGGGUCGUGUGGGAAUACAAGGACGGCUCGACGGGCGGACUGGGCUUCUUUACGCCGUUUAUGGGAUCUGCGCAGAAGCUACCAAAUGGGAAUGUCUUGCUUUGCGAAGCGGCAGCUGGUCGCGUCAUCGAGGUCACGGAGGGAGAGGAGGUGGUUUGGGAGUUUGUGGUGCCGCAGUUGGACGACUAUAAAAAAAUAAUGGGUAAAGAGGAGCUGGCGGAGAUGGAGCAGCUCGGGUUCUCGUACGAAAGCAAUGCCAUCUUCCGGGCUUACAAGUAUCUUCCUCACGAGGUUCCCUGGCUCAAUGAAUGA